UGAACGUGACAAGUAAACUGCUUUCCGCUCUGAGAAAGCAAUCGACCGUGGCUGCUGCUGUCCCAGAGCAUGUGAAAUCAUACGAUAGCAUUCCUGGCCCAAAACCGCUCCCAAUCGUAGGGAAUGCCUGGAGAUUCAUGCCAUACAUUAGUUCGUGGGAUACAACGGAUUUCUUGAAGUGGAGCAAAGCUAUGCUAGAUAAAUACGGGAAAAUCGUGAAAAUCAGCAAUUUACCUGGUCGAAAAGACAUGAUCAUGGUAUUCGAUCCAGCCGUGAUAGCUGAAGUUUUUAAAAACGAGGGCCCAUAUCCGAUCAGAUUCAAAUUUGAAGCUGUGCACUACUUCAGGGUAAAGAUCAGACCUGAUUUCUAUGAUGGAUUUGAAGGAAUUUUCAACGAGUGCGUAAAUUUCAGAUUUGAAAAUAUUUGCCUCUUUAAAAUUAUUCAAUUUUUUAGGGCCGGGGAGAGCUGGCUCAAAGCACGCUUGAUCCUCAAUCAACCAAUGAUGACCGUCGCAGUGGUUAAUAUUUAUGUCCCGAAAGUAGACCAAGUGUCAAAGGAUUUUGUCAAAUUGGUUAAGACAUUAAGGAGCGAAAAAAUGGAAAUGCCAGACAAUUUCAAGAAUGAAAUUUUCAAAUGGACGCUUGAGUCUAUCUCUUUAAUCGCCUAUGACACGCGCCUCGGCUGUCUGCAGCAAAAUUUGGACAAAGACUCUGACGCACAGAUUAUGAUCGACUCAAUUGAUAAUAUAUUUGAGCUCACAUAUGAUCUGGACCUCAAAAUACCGCUUUGGAAAGUGUUUCCCACUAAAACACUGAAAAGCUUGAUCGAUAGCUCGGAAAACAUGCUCAGAAUUUCCCAAAAAUACGUGGAGCGAGCGAGCGCAAAAUUUGACUUAGACGCACCCGGAACAUCAGACAUGAGUGUUCUGCAGAGGAUUUUAAGGCUUGAUCCUGACACAAAGCGCGCUGUUAUUAUGGGCAUGGAUAUUCUAUUUGGCGGAGUUGACACGACAUCUAACACAGCAGUAAGUGUUCUCUACUGUUUGGCGUGCAACCCUGACAAACAAGAAAAGCUAUACCAAGAGUUGAAGUCAAUAGUUCCAGCAGAUCCGAGUGAGAAUUUAACUUCAGAGCACUUGGCAAAAUCAAAGUACCUGAGAGCCUGUAUCAAGGAAGCGAUGCGAAUGCUGCCCGCACCAAACGGAACUAUCCGAACACUGCCACAAGACGCUGUACUAGGCAAUUACUUUAUCCCGAAAGAUAGAGCUGACGUAUGGGUAUUCAACAGCACCUUGUAUAUGCUCGAUGAGCACUUCCCUGAUGCCGACAAGUAUAUUCCUGAGCGGUGGCUGCGCGAGGGCGAGAGUUGCCCUGUGAGAAAAGCCUCUGAAGCGCACCCCUACACUUUCUUGCCGUUCGGUCGCGGAUUGAGGCAGUGCCCAGGAAUGCGAUUUGCCUACAUGGAAAUUGAAACACUCGUUGUCAGGAUGCUGCUUGAGUACAAAUUGGAAUGGAACCAUCCCCCUGUCAAGUUUCUAAGUCGAAUGUUGAGAACUGCAGUUUCCCCUCUUAAUUUCACCGUUCUUGAUCGCAACAAAUGCUCAACCCGAAGAUCAAUUGCAAUGAGAAAGCAAUCGACCGUCGUUGCAGCUACUUCUCCAAAACAUGUGAAAUCGUAUGAAGAAAUCCCUGGACCGAAACCACUUCCUAUCUUAGGAAAUGCAUGGAGAUUUUUGCCGUAUAUCAGUUCAUGGGACAUGACUGAUUAUAUCAAGUGGAGCAGGACUAUGCUGGAGCAAUAUGGGAAAAUCGUUAAAAUCGGCGGCUUGCCCGGUAGGAAGGAUAUGAUCAUGGUGUUCGAUCCAGCAGUGAUAGCCGAAGUGUUUAAAAAAGAAGGCCCAUAUCCCGAGAGCUUUAAAUUUGAAUCUAUUCAGUACUACAGGGAAAAAGUCAGACCCGAUUUCUUUGAGGGAUUCCAAGGCAUUUUCAAUGAGAACGGAAAGAUCUGGCAACAGGCGCGUUUCAUACUCAACCAACCAAUGAUGAACACCUCAGUCGCGAAUCUUUACGUCCCCAAAACAGACCAAGUUGCAAAAGAUUUUGUCAAGUUAGUGAAGAUAUUGAGAAAUGACAAAAUGGAAAUGCAGGAUGAUUUCCACAAUGAAUUGCACAAGUGGGCAUUGGAAUCAAUUUCGCUGAUAGCCUAUGACACGCGCCUUGGUUGCCUGCAGCAAAAUUUAGCGAAAGACUCUGAUGCUCAGAAGUUGAUUCAUUCCAUUGCUAAAUUGUACAAGCUGAUGUACGAACUAGACUUCCAAAUACCCUUUUGGAAAUUUUUGCCGUCAAAAGCACUGAAUGAGCUGAUUGAAAAUGCGGAUACUAUGCUUCGGAUUUCUCAGAAAUACGUAACACAAGCUAGCGCAAAAUUUGGCGAUUUGAGCUCUUCUCAAACUUCGGAUAUGAGCGUUUUGCAGCGGAUUUUGAAGCGUGACCCAAACACAAAGCGUGCCGUGAUAAUGGGAAUGGAUAUAAUUUUCGGAGGCGUUGACUCGACAUCAAACACAGCAGGGAGUAUACUCUACUUGUUGGCACGCAACCCUGAAAAACAGGAAAAACUGUAUCAAGAGCUGAAAGCAAUCGUCCCGGCCGACCCUGAUGAGAAUUUAACUCCAAACCAAUUGAACAGUUUGAAGUACCUGAGAGCGUGUAUCAAGGAAGCAAUGCGGAUUGCACCAGUGACCAAUGGAAAUGUGCGAGUUAUGCCACAGGAUGUGGUGCUUGGAGAUUACUUAAUUCCUAAAGAUGUAAGAAAACAGCAAAAAAUAAAAUAUAACAAGAUGAUUUCUAAAUUUUUGCAGAGAGCCGAAAUCUAUAUGUUCAACAGCACCUUGUAUAUGCUUGACGAGUACUUUCCUAAUGCUGACAAGUUCAUCCCUGAGCGGUGGCUGCGCGAGGGUGAGAGUUGCCCUGUGAGAAAAGCUUCAGAGGCGCACCCUUACACUUUUCUUCCCUUUGGUCACGGCCCGCGGCAGUGCCCAGGGACCCGAUUCGUAAAUAGGGAAUUGGAAGCACUCGUUGCAAGAAUGCUGAUCGAAUAUAAAUUGGAAUGGCACCAGCCUCCCUUGGAGUAUAUAAGUAAAAUCAUUCGGACUCCUCUUUUUCCUCUUAAGUUUACUGUUGUUGAUCGCGUAAAAUAAUGCUUUUGAGUCCAAUCAUUUUUUCUUUCCGAGAUUUCGAAUGAAAUCUUAUUCACACGUUUCGACCACCCUCACGAAUCUCGACCAAACAGAACUCCUGGGAAAUUCUCCAAAGGAUUUAUCCUAUUCAAAUAUCAGAUAAAAAAACGUGCGAUUG